GCGACCGAUCUCCCCCGCUUCCGCGAAGCCCCGGCGUUCCGGAACGGGCCCGGCUGCGCCUCUGCCCCGACCAUCCACAUUGCCAUGACCCUCGAUGCUGCCUACCUCCGCGGCUCCCUCGCCGGUGUGCUCUCCAUGCUCCGCCACUCCGCCUGCCCGGAGUCCACCGUCUUCGACUUCCUCGCCACCUGUCCUGGCCGGUUCCAGUCCGCCUUGGCCGCCUCCUUCCCCUCCCUCUCCUUCGCCGUGUACCGCUUCGACCCCGCUCUCGUCCGCGGUCGCAUCUUCUCCUCCGUUCGCAGUGCCCUCGACCGGCCUCUCAACCACGCCCGCAUCUACCUCGUUGACAUCCUCCCCCGCUCCGUCCGCCGCGUCAUCUACUUCGUUGACCUCGUCGUCGUCGACGACGUCGGCCGCCUGUGGGCCACCAACCUCGCUCCAGACCACGUCCUCGCGGCCCCCGAGUACUGCCACGCCAACUUCAUCUACUUCACAGAGCGGUUCUGGUCCGAUCCGGAGUUCCCCGGCGUCCUCACCGGCCGCCGACGCCCGCCCUGCUACUUCAACACCGGGGUCAUGGUCAUGGACCUCAACCGGUGGCGCACGAGGGGCUACACCCAGAAGCUCGAAGCCUGGAUGGAGGUGCAGAAGCGAAAGGCGCGGAUCUACGAGCUAGGCUCGCUGCCGCCGUUCCUGCUGGUGUUCGCGGGCGAGGUCAAGAGGGUGGAGCACCAAUGGAACCAGCACGGUCUGGGCGGCGACAACGUCGAGGGGCUGUGCCGGGACCUCCACCCGGGCCCGGUGAGCCUGCUUCACUGGAGUGGCAAGGGCAAGCCGUGGCUCCGCCUCGACGCCGGUCACCGUUGCCCCAUCGACGCGCUCUGGGCCCCCUACGACCUCCUCCGCCGCGAGUUCCGCGACGUCCUCUUCGCCAACAGCUAGCGCCUCUCCCCGGCCUGCGCCGGCGAUGGCGGAUCCAUCCCCCGGUAGGAUCGGCACCCGGACCAUGAACUCUUUGUAUCGGGUUGCGCGCGGGAGCCCAACGUGUGAUGGGCCGCCCGGCCAAUGCGUGCAAAAGACAGACAAUGACGCCCGAUAGAAACAGAUCAGCGAGCCGUUUUCAAGUGUUUUUUUUGUUCUCGUGUGUAGUAAAAACAUAGAGGGAAAAGAAGAAAAAGGGACGCAGUUUUGGCCGAUCAAUGACGCAUGACGCAUUGGUGAGAAACUGGCAACAUCAUGUGGAGAUGGAAUUGAAUAGUGUCAGAGAGCUUUCGUUCGGAAUCGAACCUUUUUUUUGGCCGGAGAUUGGGAAUAACAUUAUAAUAUAUACUUGUGGUGGCUGCUUGCAGGGGUCGCAAGCAAUCCAUGGAAAUUAAAUUUUGGCUUCCACAGCUGGAGAUUGUUGUCUUCUUCCUCAGUCGGCCGUAGGUACAAAAUUUGAUGCAAGUUGCUGACAAAAGAGACGAAGUCUUAUUGAAGGUGUUCGUUCUCAGGUAACUGUUUCACUGUGCGAAUUCUUGCUCUUUUUCUUCUA